GCCAAUCCUCAUCCCCGUUUCAAACAGCUGACUGAGAGGAAGCGUGCAGAAGGAGUCAUGUUUCAGUGACGGGCGGGACUCGAUCAGCUCCAUCCUCAGAGUUGUUGCAAAACUUCCGAUCUGCACACUGGGACCACAAGAUAAAUACGUUUGAAAAAAGGGAAGACAUCUGUUGGAGAAGUUGUAGCGGACUGUUGACGACAAUGGCAGAUGAAGCAGUAGCUGUGGAGGAAAGCAUCAGCCCAGCUCAGGGCCCUCUGGUCGCAGUUUCCUUCCAGAGAGAUGUCCACAGAAAAAAGAAGUAUCUGGAGGCUGAACCCAAAGCUCUGGGGAUUACUCAGAUUGGCCUGAGUGUGUUUCAGAUCAUCAGCGUGAGUGUGUUUCUGGGGAAAGGCCUAAGUUAUGUACACACUGACAUACCUUUCUUCAUUUCAUCUCUGCUGGUGAUAAUAGCUGGGAGUGUGGCUGUGGCAGCACAGAACCUCCAUCUGCCAACGCUGAGGGCCUGUUGUGGGAUGCAGAUUGUGGCUUGUGGUGCAUCCCUCUUCAAUAUGAUCCUGUCUCUGAGUAAAAUGGGUGAUUCGUCCAUGUACUGCUGGUAUCAUUACUAUGACAACUUCACAACAGCUACUAGACAAACCUGUCAAAGAAUUGAGAACACCCACUCCCACUUUUAUGCUGAAUGUACAGUCAUUCAUGUUGCUCUGAUGGCCAUCUCUGUCGCUCUGGCAGCCUAUUGCUGCAAGGUGAUCAACUGCUGUGCACCAGCUCCCAAAAUGCCAGUGAUCACUGUACAAGCCCCCCCUGUUACACAGUGAGGAGACAAGGCGGACCAUUGCAGAAGUAGAGGUGCAUAUGAAGACUACGCAAAGCUAAAGCUUCACUAAUCAAUAUUUUUAUGUCAACAAUGGCUCAAAUUACAAAUAUCUUAUGUGAAAUGGGUUGUUUAUAAUGACAACCCUCAAAAGAGUUUAACUCUGCCGCUUCCCUCCAUUCUAGAGUUUUUUUUUAGCCUACUUUAGCUUAUUGUUUUGGUUGCCUCGCCCUGAAACUUUAUUUUUAUCAACCUCUUUAUUGGACACUGUUCAUUACUCCCUCAGCACUAAACAGCAGACAGAUCAAGUUAGAGAGCAGCUAGUGAACACAGUGGAACACUUAACAAAGCCAGGUCAUUUUCUCAGGAGAUGGUGGAAACCAAAAUAAAGCUAAAAGGAGAGUGAAUAUUGGUAUGAGAUUCGUCCCGUAGACAGAAACACAACUGAAUGCUAUGCUGUUGUGUAUCUGCUGGAUGUGAGUAUGCAAAUGUUUGCUAAAAUAUUUGUCAGAAAAACUUUGUAAGGUGAUGUCAAUUUUAUGUGUAGCUACAGCUUGUUCCACUGUGCUCAAUGGUAAAAACAAAUCAGUGAAUGCAGCUUUAUGAACUUCAGUAUUUUUAGUCAAGGUGCAAUAUCCUCACACUUUGCAUAUUACUGUAUAUUUUUUCAUUAGAUAUCUGUGUUUAUGUACUCCUUGCGUGAUAUUAACUUUGAUCAUAGUCCAAUUUGUCAAUUUAAAUACUACAGUAGGAACAAGAGACAAACAUUAAAUAUGUACAGAAUUACAUUAAAGAUUAAGGAUACAUUUGUUUUUUAAUUCACCUUUCUUUUGUAAACAGAGUCAAGUUGUAUUAUUUCAUCUUUCAAAGGUACUCAUGUACUCAUACAUGUACUUCAACAUCAUAGAAGGCAAUCAAUACAACUGAACUGUAUAGAGACGACAAAUAAACUUAAUUUUACAGUUUAGAGCAUAAGUAAAAUCACAAGUUGAUGCACAUUCAUGCUUUUUGUUCUCUUCACAUUGUUGAUAACGUUAUGAUGAUUACUACCCAAGUAAGGCUUCACUGGUUCUUAACACUUCCUUUGUCACUGCAACUAACAACCACUGAUAAUAAAAAGCUAACACAUGCAAGGAA